AUGACACAUUUGGAUAUAAGUGCAAAAGGUUUGGAAGGACCCCUAGACCUCUCUGAUUUUAGUAAUUUAGAGUAUUUAGAUUGUUCUGAUAACUGUCUCACUAAGCUAAAUCUAAAUAAUUGUAGGAAAUUAAAGAACAUUAAAUGCUCUAAGGACCAACUUACUACUCUAACUCUGAGUAAUUUAGAAAAGUUGGAGGUAUUAAAUUGUUAUGAUAAUUACCUCACUCAAAUAAUCUAUCCCUCUAAUCCUGAAAAGAUAACUUGGUUAGAAAUACAAAAUAAUAAUCUUUCUCUUUCUGACCUAUCCAUUUUUAGUCGGAUGAGGAAUUUAGAAAGGUUAAUAAUUGGUAAUAGUGAUAAAAAUAAAAUCAGUAAGGGAAUAUAUAACAAAAUAGAAGGCUCAUUAGGAUCUUUAAAGGAUUUGAAUAAAUUAGAGAGAUUAAUCAUUAACAACACUGACAUCAAGGCUGGUUGA